CAUAUCCGUUCCCAAUCGGCAACUUAGUCCAGUCAGACCGAAUCUAGCGGCCGCCACAGCUCUCUUCGCGUUCAGGAUUUAUCCCAGGACUCUUGUUCGGUGUCUGGAUAUGGUCUGCCGGAACUUAGCGGCAGACUUUGGAGAUAAAUCCUUUUUGGGAAACUUUAGCGGCUUCCCAGCUAAUGAAGAAUAGCUAGUUUAGCGAACCGCGGUGAAGAUUAGCUAACUAAGCUAACAACCAUAUUCAAUGAGAGGAGGACAGAGUCCUACACUGCAGGUUUACUUGAACCCCUGGUUACCUUUAGCUCUUUGACAAUGGUCUAGGUCUUUACAGCCAGCUCGCGUUGUUUUGGACCAGUAUAUGAUGUUUAAAAGCUGCUAUGGAGUACUGCAACAUGGAUAACAGUAAGCUUAGUUUGUGUUGGGGGUUGAGACCUGCACUGUUAUCUCUUGCGGGAGAUUGUAUUCAUUGACUUUACCAUUCCCCGACCAAAUGAGUACUAUGAGGUUUCCAGGAAAUUUCUCAGAGGAGGUGUGUUAAGCUCUGGUCAUCGUUUUCAUUCGCGAAGAAUGUCCGACUCGGAAAGUGCCGGCUCAUAUUUUGGUUUGGAGGAUCCGCAGUGGCUAUGCAUGGUCACACUGUUUAUCGCAUCCCUGGUUACUCUGACAGUGUAUUUACUACAGUAUUUCCAACAAAGGGGGGUAGGAAAUGAGCAGAGAACAGCAGAGGACAAUGCGGCGAAGGAGGAAGCCGCCGCUCUGCUGGAAUGGGCGCUGUCACUGAAAACCUGGAAAAGUCAAUGGAGAAGAGCGUGGUGCAGGGCUUUGAACGACGAAUCAAGGAAGCGUGGGGAUGCUCUCCUGUUGACAUUUGAAGAUGAUGAUCUGGAAGCGACAGAACUCAUGGUCAGCCAUGUGUCUAGCUUUCGAAAGUCUGCCAGGAACCAGGCCGCUUGCUGCAGUGUGGUUGGGGAGAAGCUUCAGUUCUCUCUCAGUGCAACAUGGACAGCCAUGGCUACAGUAGAUCCUUGUAAAUACACAGUCUGUAUAGCUCCACUAGAGGUGCAGCUUGAUCUACAGAUGCAAGAAGCUGAAAAUGAGGUCAAGGUGAGCUGGGGAGUGUCUCACCUGGAGACAGAGGAGCUGCAGGUGACAUCCACUUUCACCAAGGACAAUGCCAACACUUCCAGUGUAGCAGCCAUAAAGGAGCAGAUGAGGCAGCUGUUAUGUGCGACGCGCCCCUCUGUGUUGCUGAGCUGCAGGCCUGCUCAGGCCUCAGAGGUCAAGGAAGCCCAAAAUAAAGUGGUUUCGCCCCCGAAACCCCCCCGUGCCCACGACUGGAAGCUGCUGGUGAAAAACAUCCGGAUGACACUCAAUCAGGAGGAAGAUGCUGCAGGCAGCAUGAAUCCUGUGUGUGUACUGCAGUUAGAUGAUCCUCCACAGAAGUUUAACACCUCUGUUUUGAAGAACACAACCGAACCUUCCUGGGACCAGCCAUUUAUCUUUGAAUUGAAUGGACGAUCGAAAGAGCUCAAUAUUCAGUUGAUAAAUGAUGGACAACCUCAGGAGAAUUCCUUAAUAGGUCAGGUGUCAGUACCUGUUGAUCUUAUAAAGAAGCAGCCCAAAGGACAGCAAACAUUUGCACUCAUGACCAAAGACAUGGUGACUGGAUCACUUACUACUGACUUUACCUACCUGGAGCCCAGCGAGGUGAGGUCCUGGCACCCGCCGACCCCAGCCUCCAAUAAGAGGGUGGAGAUGGACCGUACAGUCAUGCCCUGUGGCACUGUGGUCACCACCAUCACCGCAGUGAAGAGCAAGCCAGGUCGACCACUCCCACUUGGACUCAACAUAGAUCCUGCCCAGAAAGCUGUGACCAACAAGCCAAAGCUGUCUGAGCGGCGUGUUUCAGAGCAGGCAUCUAUGUUGGGGGCCAAAGUCAGCAAGGCCUUGUCCUCUUCUGACACUGAGCUGCUGAUGCUCAAUGGCACAGACCCAGUGGCCGAGGCCGCCAUCAGACAACUCCACCAGUCUGCCAAGCAGAAGCUCAAAUCCCCAGUGAAGAAGAGUACCAUCAUCAUCUCUGGCAUAGCAAAAACGCCCUUGUCUCAGGAUGAAGAGCUAUCUCUGAUGGCGGGCUAUGCUGCAGCGAUGGACGCCUCGAUGUCAGAGGGCAGCUCCACUCAGGAUGUUACCGCAGCGAUUGCAUCAGGGACCAGCAGCCCUCCAGAGAUGUCAGAGCCCCAGGAAGGGCCCAGUGGAAUAGGCCGACCUCCAGAGGACUGGGAGAGCCAGACAGGAGAGGAACUAGACCAUUCCUCGCUAUCCAUGUGUGUGUCUGAGGCGAACUGCAAGAAGAGCAGAGGCAGCUUCCUACAGAAGAGUGCCAAGCUCUUCUUCCGCCGGCGCCACCAGCGCAAGGACCCGGGGAUGAGCCAGUCCCACAACGACCUGGUUUACCUGGAGUCUCCAGCUGCAGUGGAGCGGGCCAGCCGAACAGCCACGCUUAGCCGGAUGCUCAACCGCAAGAGUAAGAGUAAGAGCAAAGCCAAUGGCUCUACCUCCAUGGGGGAGCCACAAGCGUGACCCUCACUCCCUACCACAACUACUACCAUCACCACCUCCACCUCAAACUUCCACUUGCAAAUUUCCUGGCUAACCUACCCCCUUAAUGCCCAACCUGCAGACUGAGGCUCCUGCAUUGUGAAUGGGAGAGCUGCGCAGAUGGAAAAAGUUCCUCUUUUUAUUGCCAUAUCCCACUUAAGUACUUCCUAUAAGAAGCAGACAUUCCACCAAAAGCAAGUGUUUGAAUGUGUGGAUGAAGGUAUCUUGUCCUGGAUUGACGGUAUUUCAGAGGAGAUUAGUUUGCAUGUUUCUUUUAUUUGAUUUUAUGCAACAUUUUGAAAUCUUUAAGUGCUUUUAUGGCCUUGUUACGAACAGAAGGGACGGGUGUAGGCCGUCACCCUUUACCUCACUGAGGGUAAAAGGGUAAGCUCUCCCUGCUGUAAACCGUAAGCUUUCUACGGGGGACCAACAGGACCAAAGAUGAAGAGCAGAGUGGUAUUUGUAUGAUUUGCACGGUUUAAGAACCUUUUUAUUUAAAGUGCAAUGACAGGAGCUACUCUUGUGAUAGAGACUCUUCUGUAGUUCUCAGUCGUGUUAACAAAAUUCACAAAGGGAGAUGAUCUUUCCACUGCAUGACUACUGCAAGUGGGAGAUGAUAAUACAACUACUUGUUGACACUAAGACUAUGAAUUAUGGUAUAUUAUAUUUAUAUAUAUAUAUACAUAUAUAUAUAUAAUAUACAUUAAUCAUCGAACAUGUUUUUGUUUUUUCAAUUCACUUAAAAUACGUAAUUUUAUUCUAAAUAAAUAAUGAACAGCUAUAUGUAAUGUGCAUAUAAAAGCUGUAAUAUAAAGCUAUACAGAAAAUACAAGCCUUAUGUUUAACAAAGCUAUCAAAACCCAUCAUUACAAGUUAAUUGUGAUUGGCUUGUAUAGAGGUCAUGUUAUCAUGCACCACCAGCUAUUAAAUAAAUUAACACCCUUCCAGAAAGAAACAGUGACACUUUGGCUAAUGUGAACCUUUAGCUAUCUAUGAGCAUUUUAUGUUUACUCCUCUCUGCAGUGUUUUUUAAUGAUAUGCAAAUUUCUUCUUUGUCUUCCCAAAAGAUUCCUCCUGUACACUACUAUUAUCAGCAGGACUGUUAAUGUGUCAAAAGGGAAGGGAAUGAACCUUUAUCCAGGGACUGUGAUGUUACACUCGGCCAUACUCGCAUUACGCACUAAUGAAACUUCGCUAAUUUCGGUCCUGCAUUUUAUCUGAAUGAAAUCCUCGUUCUUUCAUUUAAUGUUUUAUUGUUUUUUCAAGAUGUAGCUUUGAACACCUGAAAAAGAGAAAGUGUGAACAUGUUUAGGAGCAACCAAAUAGUUUGGCUGCUUUUUUUUUUUUUUUUAAUCCAGCUAAUGAUUGUAUUUUUUUGUUGAAGACAUUUCUGUACAUCGUGUUAACUACUGUUUCUUCAGUAAGUUAAUCUGCUCAGAGAAUUGAUUCAGCACAGUGACAGACAGAAUCAACAGAUUGCCUUACAGAUAUUUUGAAAAUGUUGUCACGGACGCCUGGUCUAGACUUUUUCCUUGACUCCAUGUGACUUUUUGGUCCUGAGGCUUCAUCCACCAUCAGACCAGAGAACUGAAGGACUGUAGCAAGCUGUUGGAAUGGUUUAGAGUGACGAGUGAUCCACCAUGUUCUACACCAUCAUUAAUGUCUAUAAUCAAGAAGCCUAUGCACAUAUCUGUUAACUGAGUGUUUGAAUUUUUAGACUACCUGAGAAUUAAAAACACUUACUCACUGUUCAUGACAGCACUCUUCUGCAGAUACAGUGUGGGUUGUUAUUGUGUCUUGAUAUUUACAUGGUAGAGCUGUGAUCCCCUCUCAUCACGUGCUCUCUUUAACCAUCAAUGGUUACCAUCUGUUCUACAAUAAAUAUUCAAAAGCUAAGAUUCAGGCUGAAUAAAAUUCUGUAACCAUAAAACGGGUCAUUUUAAUCACGCUCAGCUUCAGAUCCCUUGCUUACGGCAGCCUAAAGCAGUGGCUACAGUUAUGCAUUUAGUGAGCAGUAGGGCUGUAAGUGAUUAAUAAACUGCUUCCUGAUGUUUUUUAUUGACAUCUGCUUUGUGCACAGAAAAUGACUUAACUUUUGUUGCAGAAUGUCAGUCAAAUCCCCGCAGGGAUGGUAACUAAUAAACAU